AUGCAGUCAUUUACUGACAAGAUGCAUUUCACUUUACCAGAUUUCAUGUCGUCCCCAGGGAAAAAGAGUGAUAGCCAACGGCCCCGUCCAUUGCAGCUUUCUAAGUCAUUUUCAAAUCAAGAACCACCUUCCAGUCCGGAUCGUCUAUCCCGUCCGCUUAGAGCAAACACCAUACAGAACGGCACUGUUCCGUCGAUACUGAUGUCGGACACAGCAAAGUUGGGAGAAAACAGGCGACCUGGGACACAAUCAAAUAUAUUUGAGAAAACCUCCGAGGAUGAAGGAGAGGGCGGGGAAACGACUGAGGCGUCUGGAAAGUUACCCGUGGACUUCGAUGAACUUCCUAUAGAGCUUGUGAGCUUAGCAGAUAGCUUUAUUGAUUCUCUAUCUGCAAAGAUUCAUCCCAACCCUCCUUCAGUCGACAAAUUAUCGGGGCUUUUCCAAGACUUCUAUGCCGUUGCUGCUAAUCACAUCAACACUCACAUCUCCGCCUUAUCCUCCCGACAGCAUCGCGCAAGCUCUCCUGCCCCACCAGCUUCAUCGUUAUCCGCAACUGCGAGCAAGAUCAGAGCGAAAGCUACCUCCAUGAAUAAGGAACGUCCCAAAGUAAUAGAAAGAAAAUCAUCUGAACAACAGAUGUUAACUAGCGAAGAAAUCAACGAGCGGAAACGUGCUAGGAAAGCGCUUGAACAUAAACGUGUUGCAUUAGAAGAAGCAAUGGAGAGGAGAGUUUGUGAAGGCAUAUAUGAUAGGAUAUGGCGACACAGGAGUUCACAAGAUGAAGCUCAGGACGAGAAACUCCGAUCGAAAACUGCCGCUUUGUCAGUGGUUGGGAUAGGGUUAGUAGAUUUAGGAGUUGAUUUGGGCAUAGAAUCGAGUGAAAAGCCAGAUGCAGCUGAAAAGCGAGAACUAGAGGUCCGAGAGUGGCUAGAAGGAGCCAGAGCAGAGUUGAUUGCAAUGAACGACGAAAGAUAUCCUCUUGGGAAACUUAACCACUUAAAGGCAGCCCAUAAAGGUAUUGUUGAUACUUUAUCACACUUUCAUCCAUCUUCAUCGGCGGAUGAGAUUAUGCCCAUGCUCAUCUUUACUCUUAUCACGUCUCGACCAGAAGGGAUGAAUGUUAUAAGCAAUCUUUACUUUAUACAGCGAUUUAGAUGCGAAACGAAGAUUGAUGGGGAAGCUGCUUAUUGCUUAACAAACUUAGAAGCUGCGAUUUCUUUCCUUGAAACUGUAGAUCUUGCAAGUUUGAGGGAAGACGAAAUUCCAUCAGGGCCAAUCAAAAUCAGUAGUCGACCAAGCACACCGAAAACAGAUAAACCUGACUCUUUGACAGUUGGUAUCACACCUACAGGUCUCUCAGCUCCAACAACUGUUUCGGCAACCCCAAGUGCUUCUGUGUCUAAACCUACGAACUCACCCGUAUCCACACUUCGGCCUACGAUUCAAACAGCGGACCGAAGGCUUAGUGAUUUAUUCCAGCCACCUGCGGCUUUCGGGGCAGCUGGAGAUGCAAUAUUUGAUACCGCUGAUCAGGGUUUCAAGAGUAUUGGGAACAGUUUGGAAGGUAGCUAUAAAUUCCUGCUUGGAAAGCUAAAAGAGCGCGACUCCAAAGGCCAAGCUUCAGAAAUCGCUAUACCAAAAACGCUGGAUGAUGCCCGAAAGCUUAUCAGUACACCUCCACCAGAAGAUGACGGAUCUGUAAGUGGUGGAAGCACUCCUCAAAGCCCAACUGUUAAGGAACAUAAGGAUGGGUCUAGUGCAGAGACGAAGCCCGAGGGACGUAGCCGAAGUGAUUCAGCUCAAAGAAUUGACGAUAGAGUUCUCAGCUUCAUUGGUGGUCGCAAAAUGACUAGAGAAAGAAGCGCGGAUAGUAAUCGAAGUGGUGGUAGCUCUAGCAAAAGGGUUGCAUUUGCUCAAGAAGAAAAUGGAGAGAAAGGGACGCCCUCUCCACAGGCUCCUGCUGGCAAUCCAGCCAUUGUUGAAUCGAUGCGAAAUCUCGGCAACUCACUCAACCCAAUGAACAGGAUUGCUGGGAUGGGUAUGAUGCGUAGUUUUGGACGUGUAACAACCCCAACAACGCCCACCCCGACUAGAUCAACCGUACCGGAUGGAGGGACUGCUGAUUUGACUACUACAUUCCCCGAUUUAGCAACGUCUCUGCCACCCAAAGAGACACCCAAAAUCGCGCCACCGAACAAACGAUUCAUGGAACUUCAAAAUCCAGGGGAUCUCAAAAUUAGUGAAGUAAUGGAGUUAUUGAGAGAUUAUAGAAGAUUAGCAGGAGCUUUAAAGGAUCUUGGGGCUGUUUAG